UGCUCUUAUGUCUCUCAUGGAAGAUACUGAUGAUGAGUUCUUGAGUCUCAGCCUUGCUAUUGUGGAAGAUAAUUCGCGCGACCGGAGGCGAAAGAGGAAGAGGAGGGUUAGUCUUGAUCAUCCUGUGAGUAAUGCAUAUGAUCAUGAAGGUUAUUGUGAAGGGAAAGUUUUUAGGCUUCUUCAAAUGAGGGAACAAAUGUUGAAGUUAGACAAUAAAAGAAAUGGAGUUGUUGAGGAAGACGGAAAAGGGCUUCAAUUGAUUCAUUUGUUACUGAUUACUGCCACCGCGGUCGAUGAAAACAAUCUUAAUUUGGCCUUGGAGAAUCUCUCUGAGCUCUAUCAAAGUGUGUCCUUAACAGGAGACUCCGUGCAAAGAGUUGUUGCUUAUUUUGCUGAUGGCUUGGCCGCGAGGCUCCUCACUCGAAAAUCUCCUUUCUACGAUAUGAUCAUGAAAGAACCAACUAAUGAAGAAGUGUUUCUAGCUUUUACUGAUCUUUAUCGCGUCUCUCCCUAUUUCCAGUUCGCGCAUUUCACCGCGAACCAGGCGAUAGUCGAGGCAUUUGAGAAAGAAGAGGAGAAUAACAACCGUGCAUUACAUGUAAUUGAUUUUGAUGUGUCAUAUGGCUUCCAAUGGCCUUCUCUCAUUCAAUCCCUCUCCGAAAAGUCGACGAGUACUAAUCGAAUAUCGCUUCGAAUCACAGGAUUUGGAACAAGCAUUGAAGAACUGCAAGAAACCGAAACUCGACUAACAAGCUUCGCAAAGGGUUUUCGCAAUCUUGUGUUUGAGUUUCAAGGGUUGCUGAGAGGUUCCAAGCUCAUAAACUUAAGGAAAAAGAAGAAUGAAACAGUUGCUGUGAAUUUAGUCUUUCAUUUAAACACUUUGAACGAUAUUUUGAAGGUAUCUGACACAUUAAAAUCGGUUCAUUCACUUAGGCCCUCUAUUGUGAUCUUGGUGGAACAAGAAGGCAGCAGGAGUCCAGGAAAUUUCCUAUCAAGAUUCAUGGAGUCAUUACAUUAUUUCGCUGCGAUGUUCGAUUCGUUAGACGAUUGUCUUCCACAGGAGAGCUCAGAGAGAUUAAGCAUCGAGAAGAACAAUCUUGGAAAAGAGAUCAAAAGUGUGCUCAAUUUUGAUCACGUGGAGAAUUCUAAUAAUCCAAGAUAUGAGAGGAUGGAGACAUGGAAGUUGAGGAUGGAGAAUCAUGGUUUUGAGGGGAUGAAAAUAAGUUCAAAGUCUUUGAUUCAAGCGAAGCUUCUAUUGAAGAUUAGAACCCAUUACUGCCCUCAAUCUGUUGGAGAAAAUAGUGGGUUUAAAGUGUUUGAAAGAGACGAAGGGAGAGCGAUUUCUUUGGGGUGGCAAGAUAGAUGUUUGCUUACAGCAUCUGCAUGGCAUUGUGUAUGAUAUUUUUAAUCUUCUAACAUAUUAAUUCAUAUUUAUGAGACUUUAUCAAAUAAU